CCCCGCAUUGCUGAUGCUGCUUCUGGCAGACAUGGACGUGGUGAAUCAGCUGGUGGCCGGGGGUCAGUUCCGGGUGGUCAAGGAGCCCCUUGGCUUCGUGAAGGUGCUGCAAUGGGUCUUUGCCAUCUUCGCCUUUGCCACAUGCGGCAGUUACACCGGGGAGCUCCGGCUGAGCGUGGAGUGUGCCAACAAGUCAGAGAGUGACCUCAGCAUCGAGGUUGAAUUCGAGUACCCCUUCAGGCUGCACCAAGUGUACUUUGAUGCACCCACCUGCCGAGGGGACACUGAAAAAAUCUUCCUGGUGGGGGACUACUCCUCAUCGGCCGAAUUUUUUGUCACCGUAGCUGUGUUUGCCUUCCUGUACUCCAUGGGGGCUCUGGCCACUUACAUCUUUCUGCAGAAUAAGUACCGAGAGAACAACAAAGGACCCAUGAUGGACUUUCUGGCCACAGCAGUGUUCGCCUUCAUGUGGCUGGUUAGCUCAUCAGCGUGGGCCAAGGGGCUGUCAGAUGUGAAGAUGGCCACUGACCCAGAGAACAUUAUCAAAGGGAUGUCUGUCUGCCACCAGACAGGGAAUACAUGCAAGGAGCUGAGGGACCCUGUGACCUCUGGCCUCAACACUUCAGUGGUGUUCGGCUUCCUGAACCUGGUGCUCUGGGUCGGCAACCUGUGGUUCGUGUUCAAGGAGACCGGCUGGGCUGCCCCAUUCAUGCGCGGACCUCCUGGCGCUCCCGAGAAACAACCAGCGCCUGGGGACGCCUAUGGCGAGGCGGGCUACGGGCAGGGCCCUGGCGGGUACGGGCCCCAGGACUCCUACGGGCCCCAGGGCGGCUACCAGCCCGACUACGGGCAGCCCGCCGCCGGCGGCGGCGGCGGCGGCUACGGGCCUCAGGGAGACUACGGGCAGCAAGGCUAUGGCCCUCAGGGUGCGCCCACCUCCUUCUCCAAUCAGAUGUAGUCUGGUCAGUGCAGCCCGGGAGGACCCCAUGUGUGGGCAAGAGCUCAGAAGCCCUGUCCCCUUUUCCACCCCUCCACCCCAGGUCUCCGCCCCUCAAGCCAGGAGACUCUCUCUUUGCUGUUUAUAUAUAUAUAUAUUAUAUAUAAAUAUCUAUUUAUCUGUCUGAGCCCUGCCCCACUCCACACUCCUCAUGCAUGAGGGGCCUGACCUUGAGGGGGCCCCUCUCCUAACCUCACCCCUUCCCUUGCAUACCUUGGCCCCUCUCUGUCCCCUGGCCCUGUGCCCUGAGGUUGGGGGACUCUGAAAGGGGGACAGGGAAAAGACAGAUCUCUGCUAUGUGGGGAGGGUCGGGGUGACUUCAGACUCUCUCCCCUCUCUCCCUUCCCUCCUCCCAACUGGCCUUGAUUCCUCCAGCAAUGCCCAAACGGGGAUGAUUAGGGGAAAUUCAGCCCUGAGAGGGCAGAAAGGCAGACUGGGGGACUUGACCCACGGUGGACUUGGAGAGGAGCUCUGGGGUGAAGAGGACUAGUAAGCAAGGGGUUUGGGUGCCAGACACACUGGAUCUAGAGUCCAAAGAAGAGGGGUGCCCUAGAGCAUUCUGGAGUGUGGCUUGGGAUGAGGCUGGGGGCGUGGUUCUAGAAUGGGUGGAGCUUUGAGUGAGGCAGGGGUUGGGCCUCCAAAGUGGGCAGGAUUUGGAACAGGACAGGGUCCUAUGGGAGGGGUGUGACUGGGGACCUGGGGACUGGGUUCUAGAGGGGUGAGGCCUGAACCAGACGGUGGGAGAGGUUCUAGAGUGGGCAGGUCUUGGAUUGGGACCAGAGGGUACGGAAGGGGUGUAGCUAGGAAUAUUCAGGAGACGGAGUUUGAUUCUACAGGGGGCAGAUCUUGUGCAAGGCGAGAGGUGGGAUUCAGGAAUGGGCCAAGCUUGAGGUGAGGUCGUGGUCUGGGUUCUAGACAGGGCGGGGAUUAGAGUGGGUGUUCAUGGUGGCUUCAGAAGGGGCAGCCCUCCCCAAUAGAGCAGUGAAAAAAAAAAUGUUUUAAAGGGGGCGGGCUUAGCAGCGGUGGGCAGGGGGUGGGGGGGGCGGGAAUAUCCCUGACGAGAACUGAGUACUGAGGUGACCUGGGAGGACCUGAAGGCUUGGAGGGUAAGGGGUGGGAUCCAGAGAGAAGCACCCCCCACACUCUUGCCCACCCCCGUAACGGGACAGCUAGGUAGUCAGAGGACAGAGCCAACGGGUCUGUGGGGCCGGCCCACCCCUCCCCCGCUUCCCUUGCCUCCUCCCUCCCUCCACACCCGCGCCGUCCCAGGGUGGUUGGAGGCCCGGUCUGAAUUCCCUAUCCUGCACCCUAUGCUGUGUCUAUGACGUCGGUAGUGCCUGUGAUUGUGUGUUGCCAUUUUGUCUGGCUGUGGUCCCUCCCCCUCUCCUCCAGACGCCCACCCUUUUCCUAGCCCGUCGGUAUUGUUUGAAGACCUCCCCGAGGAAGAACAAAUAGGAUUAAUUCUCCUCCCCUAAAUAAACUCCUCAACCACCGAGUCCACCCGGAUCUGAUUUCUCAGUGUGUC